CUCAGGUUAAGUCCUCCUCUAUAGUUGUGUGUUGAUAUGGCGUGCACGAGGCAAUAGAAACUAAACAGCAAAAUGGAGUAAAUAACAAGAAAAUCACCAUUCAACACACAACUAUUAAGCAAGGAACUGUUGGUGAGCGCUGCCCACUAUUUUCCAGUAUCAUAAGGUGACGUUUGAGGGGUGUGGAGGCUGCGGCGAUGCUCAAAGUGGGCAGCAAGUUCUACACAUUUGAUGAGUUAAGCAGACGGUUGGAGGAAUUUCAAGAAUUAGAACAAGUACAACUUUGGGUGCGCGAUUCCAGGACUGUUGUUGCUGCUGCUAAGAGGGCGCGCCGCAAGUCCCUCAACCCAGCUCUCAAAUAUGCCGAGCUGACCUAUUCAUGUGUCUUCGGUGGGCGGAGACCCUCGGACCAAACAAAGAUACACAAUCAAACAUCAGCAGGAGGUUGCCCAUUCAAGGUCCGUUUGUCGACAUCUAAUGAUGGCCAAGCUCUUGUUGUAAAGGAGAUUUGUCAUGAACACAAUCAUGAACCAGGCAAAAAAUUACAUGAAGAGCCUAGGCGCUUGUACAAAAAGACUCAAAAUCGCACAACUGUGCGAAAGCCCGUCCGUUACAUUGUGAACAAACGUGUGACCAGUAGUACUAACAACAAGACAAAGAGUCGUCUGGACCACACAGAGUCUCAUGUUCAGUUGGGACAGUCUCCGUUCCAUCACCUGCACCUCCACCAACAACAGUAUCAACAACAGCAGCAGCAACUGAAGCUGCAGCUGCAACAACACUUGCAGCAGCAGCAACAGCAGCAGCAGCAGUUGCGGCAGAAGCAAGCAGAGGUGAUUCAGUUGGAUUCCCCUGAUCACUUAGAUACACCUGACCAUCUGAGCUCUCCCGAUCUCUCCACCAACUUUGAUCAGCUGGGUUCACUCAAUAACUCCGUCGAUCAGUACUCGUACCUGCCACCCUCACCCAUCUCUCCGAGCUUGUCUAGCGGCUGUCCGGUUGACUUCGAGGAGGACGAACGCUUAGAGCCCAUCUUGGACCUAGAGGAGGCCCUAGAGGAAGCCCUGGGUGAUCUAGAUAGCGUAGGCAGUAUGGAGGUAGAUGCAAACCUUCGGCUGACCUCGGUAGGGUGUACCACCCCUACCUUGGUCUCGCACGCGGAGGCAGUGUAUGCUGAUGACCAUACAGGUCCACCUCCAGCCAAAAGGCAACGUGGACGUCCCAGGAAACAGUCAUUUACAGGAAGUACGUUUGAUAGUAGUGUGGACAUUCCAGAUCUUGAUUUCAGUCUGAGCGACUUGAUGGACUUUGACGUCUACCUGUUUUAGCCCAGGGACGGUGGUGAGAGGAAAUAUCACCCGUAGCUACAAAGUCUAAGUUCAAACUUGUACAGCUGCCUCUUGUAUGAACUGGACUUCAUAAUAGUUGAUCAAAGCGUAGUAAACUACUGUACCUUUUCUUUUGUAAAUCUUCCUUUCUUUUUCUGUUUUAUAUCAGUUUGUAUGGAACUGAGCUUGAGUUAACAAGGUUUCACUCUAGGGUCAUGGCUAUAUUUUUAGUUCUGGUUCCGUGGUAGUAAUUUACUCAUAAAUAACUGUCACAUGUAAAAUUGCACUUUAAAAUGAGCUGGUUACAAAAAAUACAACCACAAAGCUUUA